AUGGCCGCUGUGACCCCAUUAGUCUUUGAACAAAAUGCCAUUUACAUCGCUCUGCUUGAUCGUGGUGAUACAUACCUCUUCCAUUGGGAACUAUACCUCGCGACUUCAGCAACAGAAGGCGUAAUCUUCCACGCGACAGAUGACGCACAACCUGGAGUAUGGGAAUAUAAACGAGCUCCAACGAACGAGAUGCCUGAGUUACGUCGACUCGUCUUAGCCUUGAAGAUCGGAUCCGUGGAACCAGUGCUACACAAUGCACUAUCAGAACGUCUCGCCACGGUUCCCAUGACGCGGUUUUCUCCACGAUUUGGAGAGCAGUUGAGCUGUCGUGUCUGGCUCAAGGAGGCACUGUUCGUCUUGGAUGAUGAGGGAUAUGUUAAUCUUGGGAAAGGGCCUGCUGAGAUCGAAGAAGAGGCUAAAUAUCUUGGGAUGAUGAAUAAAUCUAAGAAUCAACGGAAAAUCAUGCGGAGUCGGAUGUGUAUGUCUUAA